UGUAAACAACAUGUGCCAAGAGAUAUUUGGGAAGUGGUCUACGUCGAACGAAAUUGGUCGUGAAUUUUAUAUAGAAAAAUGGAAACCGAAAGCGCGGAAAAUGUGGGAAUUGAGCAAAAUAACGGUGUUCAAACGGACGAAACUGGUGACAAUCAACAAGUUCGACAGGAUUUCAAUUCAGAUAGCAACAAAAUUGAAAUCACCAAUUUGGGAAAAUUUGCGUAUGCGGAAUUACGAGGAUUGGCAAAGAAAUUGAAACUAAAUCCGACAAAAAUGAAAACAAAAAACCACUACGGUGGUCGUGACCAUGCUUUCUUGUGUUUUCGAACGGCUGAAGAAAAAGAGCAAGCGAAAAAGUUGUUGACAGGAUACAAAUGGAGAGGACGUGAAAUUUCGGUAAAAGAUGCCAAAGCAGUUUUGGAUCCAUUGCUCAAAAGACGUCUGGAAGAAGGCAGUCUCGACCAAAAUGCACCAAAGCCAAAGAAAUUUCGUAAGAAAACGGUACUUGAAGCGACCGUACCUUUGGCACACAUACCAUAUGAAGAGCAAUUGAAGCGUAAAGAAAAAGAAUGCAUAAAACAUUUGCAAACAUAUGCAACAGCUGUGAAAAGAGCUUCGCUUGAACUACGGCCACUGAUUCAGGCCAAUCAAAAGGAAACCGGUUUACCGUGUGUGUGGCAUGGUAUAAAAGAAGCGCCAAACACCAAUGGCUACCGCAAUAAAAGCGAAUUUGCUGUAGGAAAGAAUGAAAAUGGAGAGAAAACGGUCGGUUUUCGUUUGGGCGCCUACAGCGAUGGUUCAGUUGAGGUUGGAUCAGUGAACGACUUACCACACAUUCCCGAUCGCACAAAAUUGGCCGUUAAAUUAUUCGAAACAUACAUUCAAUCAUCGAAAUAUGAUGUCUUUUGUAUGGAAUUAUAUACAGGCCAAUUCAGACAAUUUACUGUCAGACAAUCAAAUGCAACCGGUGAAAUAAUGCUUAUCGUUGGUAUCCAUACCACUGAAAUUCUCGACGAACUCGAAGAAUUGAUCAAAGACAUUGUGAACUAUUUCACGGAACGUGUAAGCAACGAGUUGAAUGUAACGUCAAUAUAUAUCGAAGAAAUAAAUAAGCGAGAAAUUGGACAAACGCAAAAUAAAGUACGUCAUAUUUACGGAUCAAAAUAUAUAACUGAUGAAAUUCUGGGCUUGAAAUUCCGUAUCAGUGCUCAAUCGUUCUUUCAAAUCAAUACAAAAUCGGCAGAUGUUUUGUACGAUUUGGCAAUUAAAAUGGGAAAAAUCGAUCCGAACACAACGGUGCUCGAUAUUUGCUGCGGAACUGGCAGCAUUGGAUUGUGCUUCGCAAAGCAUUGUAAAGAGGUUCUCGGUGUUGAAAUUAUCGAAGAAGCCAUAAAUGACGCCAAAUUCAAUGCACAAGAAAAUCAAAUUGAAAAUUCGAAAUUUUACGCGGGUAAUUGCGAUGACUAUAUUCACUCGCUGGUUCACGAAGCAGAAAAUGAGAAUCUUUUGGCAAUUGUGGAUCCACCCAGAGCAGGACUACAAUCUCGUUCAAAAGAAGCGUUAAGGAACGCCCGCGGAUUAAAUCGGUUCAUCUACAUCGCAUGUUCACCAAAAGCGGCAAUGCAAAACUGGAUUGAUUUCAGCCGACCAUGCUCGAAAUCAUUAAAAGGUUAUCCAUUUAUAUUGAAAGAAGCAGCCGCAGUCGACAUGUUUCCACACACCGAUCACAUUGAAAUGGUGCUACUUUUCGAACGGCAAUCAAAGUCUAGUGAGACGAAAAAUGGAACGACCAGCGUUCGCAACGAAAAUGUUUUACAACCGACCGACACAGAUAAAUCGUUAACAGCUGAGUAACAAUUUAUUCAGAUCUAGAGAUCACAUUUUUAUUUUACGUUAUAAUUAGAAAAAUAAGCAUAAUUGAAUUUUUGAAUUUCUAUUUGCCGCCAUUUUAACCCUCGAAUGCAUUAAUUUUUUUUCGACUUGAGACUUAUUUUUCUAUUCUCAAAAAAUGCUAUUGACAAAAUUCGAGAACAAUCAAAACCAUUGUUUAAACUGCAGUAAAACUGCUUUAAACAAAGAAAAUGAUAAUUUUUUUUGUCAAAUUUCUCUUUUCGAGUACAACCAAAGCACGACGACAAUGACAGCUGGGCAACGCAGCAACUUCAUUGUGGUUGUCACUGUUUUUGUUGGGUGACACAAAUUUGUACCAUUUUUGGUUUAGGCGAUCGAAAUUUGUGCCAUUUUUUAUUUUCUCUGGCAACCGCACCAUGGCGCUACGGUUAACGUUGCUUGUCAUCGUCGCGCUUUGAGUACAACCGUGUUUAAAAUUAAACAACCGAUUUACAUCCAGUUGUCAAAUGACCGGAAAAUGAAAGCCUGAACCCUACUGAAUGUAUUUUAAUUCAUAAAUAAAAUCUUUUUUUUUUAAUUAUA